GCCAGAACCGGAAGUGGACACUGCAAAACUGUUGCUGAUGCAGUUCACCUGCGAUUGGAGUGUCCAAGCGACAGCUGCCUUCCAGUUUCUCAUCGAGUUUAAAGUCUAAACCUUUGCAAAGAUGAUAUCUCUCACUGAUUCACAAAAAAUCGGGAUGGGACUAACAGGCUUCGGAGUGUUCUUCCUAUUCUUCGGGAUGAUCCUGUUUUUCGACAAAGCACUCCUCGCUAUCGGAAACAUCCUGUUUGUGGUGGGCCUCGCUUUUGUCAUUGGUCUGGAAAGGACUUUCAGGUUCUUCUUCCAGAAACACAAGAUGAAGGCCACCAGCUUCUUUCUCGGGGGUGUGUUCAUCGUCCUGAUUGGAUGGCCUAUCAUUGGAGUGGUGCUCGAGUUUUAUGGCUUUUUCCUUCUGUUCAGGGGUUUCUUCCCGGUGGUUAUUGGGUUCAUCAGGAGGAUACCCAUCCUCGGCUCGUUGUUAAACCUGCCCUUCAUUAAUGGGUUUGUGGAGAGAGCGGGCGAGAGCAACAGCAUGGUAUAACAGACACUGUGUCUUUCCUUCUCUUAUUUAUGACGGAUUUCCUUUAACAAACUGAUUUGAGAUCUAAAAGCCAUGCUGAUUUUCUUUACCCUUUGUACACAUGUGUGUGUGUGUGUGUGUGUGUGUGUGUGUGUGUGUGUGUGUGUGUGUGUGUGUGUAUGAGAAUGAGAGAGAGAGAGACUUAUAUUUUUAAUCUAUAGAAAGCCAAUCCUUGUGUGUGGGAACUGAAACAGACCGGCAUGUGGAGUUAUUUAUAUACAUAUUAUAAGGUCUGUUUUUGCUGUAUCCAAAAAAAAAAAAAAGACAAAGAAGACAAAGAAAGAAAAAGAAAAAUUCUCCCUGUCCUUCUUCAUGUCCAUGGAGGGAACUGUGCAGGACGAUGUAAAACAGCCAGAAGGGUUUGUCCUGUUACAAUGACUGCACUUUGCUUCAGGUUGCUUCAGCCAACACUAACGUCUCUUACGUGAACGGUUCACAAUCAGUACUUUAUUUUUUAAACAAUGCAAUUUUUCUAUUAAAGUAUUGAGAUACUGUUGUCAUACUUGCUUUGAACUUUGUAAAUACAGUUUUACAAAACCCGCAAA